AUGUUCCCUUGGGGCAACAUGACUUGGGAGCAAAUGUGUCAAAUGCAGCAGCAGCAAAUGAUGAUGAUGAUGGGUAAUCAGAGUUUGCCCCAGUCAUUCCUCCCGGGCGGGAAUGAAGCAAGGCCGCCGAAGCGGCCUGUGUCUGAGCCAGUCCAUGCAAGCAAGAAAGCCAAGGGUGACGAGGACUCAGCCGAUGACAGUCAGCAGGACGCUGGUUGUUCUCCUGAAUCCCCUCGCACACCACCGUCUCAACAUGAAUCCACUUCUCCUGAUGCCAAGGAACUCACCCCCCCAAUGAUUCGGAAGCUUCUUUCGAUAGCGUCUGACGGGGAGAACCUGUCCAAGUCGGAAGCCUCAGCUAGGUUGACUGAGUUGGCGAAGCAAGCAGAGCAACGAAGUGUCUCUGCAUGCGGCAAGCCUACUUUGCCGGCUACGACCUUAGCAAAUCAAGCAGAGGUUGGGGAUCCUUUCUUCAAGGUUCAGCAAGCGGCAGAGGCCAGGAAGGCUAUCCAAGCCUUGACUGCCGCCAUUGCUGAUACCGCAAAGAAAGCUUCAGGCGGUCAGCAGUCUGUGCAGAUGCACGUGAGAUUCGUGCAUCCUGUGGGUAGUGCAGCGCAACUUAGGGCAAAGAUUGAGGCAUUCAACGGGGCUCCGGGUCCUAAAGUGGCAGUACAGCCAUUGGACGCUGAGUCAUGGAUGAAGCCUUCGGCCUCAUUGUGGUUUGCGGAGAAGAAGGGUGACGCUCGGAAUUGUGUCUUUAGACUGAACAUCCCGAACGAGGGCUCGUCCCGUAAGCCGCAGAGCAUCUCUUUUCAAGUCGCUGUAGGGAGCCGCGAGUUGACAGUGAAGUCCUCUAGGGCUCUGUGCUCGAAAUUUGCCGGCAACCUUGUUAUGCAGUUUGGCCCGCACUCGGCUAUUAGUGUACCAAAGGUUGCAGCUGUAGGUCUUGAUCUUGAUGCGUUCUGGGGCACAAGGACCUGA